UAGUAAUCGUUUGCACUCCGCAGCCGUCCAUGAGACUGGCUCAGGGCGCGGGCGGUGUGGUGGGGCAUGCUGACACUGAAGGCACAGGCCGACACACUUGUCCAUGAUGUGCACGGGGACGGCAUGAGUGUGGACGCCAACGGAGAUGGCGCAGCUCGGGGAGCGGCACCCGGUCAGAACGCGAGCGACCUGAGGGGCAUCUGCGCCGAGGCGCUGACGUAUGAGUUUGCCAGGGAGGUCGUCCGACUGGUCACCCGGGCAGUCUUUGCAAAGGCCGCGAGCUCCUGUGCGGCGCGGCCUGGUGAGGUCGUGUCCAGUUCUCCGGUUCGCGAAACGCUCGUCGACCAGUGCAGGGCCCAUCCUGCGGCAGGUUCCACGUUCAUACGGAACGCGCUUCACGCGACUGCACUCCAACGCCUCGAUGACCUUCGUCGCAGCCUACCACUGGGGGAACCGCCAGGAGGAGUGCGAAUACUCAGCAGCGGAAGGGCCCGUGGACUUGUUGCAAAGCGCUAUUACGAUGAAUCAGAGGCUGAGAACCCGUGGGUGCAAGAGGCGAUUCGCGAGCUCUUAAAAACAGUUGACAACCGAAUAGCGGUUGUGUUGCCAAAGUUCCGCUUCAUAGAGUACAAGGAGCACGAAGGAAUGGCAGCGCACACAGACGGUUUGAUCCAACAUCCUCUCACUCAGCGAAGAAGCACCCACACGUUCUUGUUUUAUCGAAGACGCCUACUGCAAACCGCCGCCGCCCUCUGCGUUUCGGACACGCCUAUAUGGCAAAAUAUUGGGCUGAAGUCUUGCGCAGCCAUUGGGCUGUGUGUUCCCCAAGCCGUUGUGGAAACCCUUACGGGAGGAAGAGGAGGAGGACGAGGAGGACGAGCACACUCCAGAGGCCUCUGGAAAAGAUACGCGGAGAGUCCCCGGAACGCGAAGGCUCGAGAGCGCCCAGAAUCCAGGGGUCUGAGAUAUAAAAGGUUCGAAGGGGCCUUGGAACACUCAAUUCACUGCCUACGGCACGCUGGCGGACUUAACCGAUUGCGCAACUGGCGGCGAGACAGCCAUCCUCGAAUCUAUGAAACCUGGAGCUGCAGAGAUCGUGCGUGUGGCGCCAGUGCGAAACUCGAUGCUGUUUUUCCCCCAUGUUGCCGCGCACAUGGGGUGCACAGUAUCCCUAGGGCAGCCAAAGAUCGCGCUGCGCGGCGACAUGUACUUCGAAGAUGGUGAUCCAUAGUGAUGCUUUGCUGAGCGAUCAGAAUUGGCGUGAUUUUGUAUUCGUAUUCAUGAAAGCUGUUUCUGAAGGGUGAGUGCGAACGAGUGUUCUCGAAAGGAUGAUUCAAUCCCGUUGUUGUUCUGACGUGAAUAUUGUUCUGAGCGAGCUGCGGUGCAAUUGUCUGCGAAUGCGAAUUUUGGCGUGGUAUUGCCACAGAAAGGUAAA